GUAGCUAUAUGGUCGUGGUCAUGGCCAUGGCUUACCUGUAAUUGAACCGCUGUGGGACAACUGUGAUCAAAGGUUAUCACCUGUGCAGGUACAGGCUAGUCGAGGAAAGUGUAUUUCCAGGAAACCAGGAUACUGAUUAAAACAAUAUUACUUAACGUGGAUACCAGACAACGAAAUACACCCACCAGACACGGUGCUCAAUGGCGGAGAACCGGAAAAAGCUGGUGAUUGUGGGUGACGGGGCUUGUGGGAAGACGUGCCUGCUGAUCGUCUUCAGCAAGGACCAGUUCCCCGAGGUGUACGUGCCCACCGUCUUCGAGAACUACGUGGCCGACAUCGAGGUCGACAACCGCCAGGUAGAACUUGCAUUGUGGGACACCGCGGGCCAGGAGGACUAUGACCGACUGCGCCCCCUGUCGUAUCCGGAUACGCACGUGAUCCUCAUGUGUUUCUCCAUCGACAGCCCCGACAGUCUGGAGAACAUCCCCGAGAAGUGGACGCCGGAAGUGAAGCACUUCUGUCCCAACAUUCCCGUCAUCCUCGUGGGCAACAAGAAGGACAUCCGAAACGACGAGAACGUCAAGGCCCAGUUGGCACGCAGCCAGAUGAAGCCGGUCUCGUACGAAGAGGGCCGACAGAUGGCGGAGCGGAUCGGAGCAGCCGCCUACAUGGAGUGUUCCGCCAAAACCAAGGAGGGGGUCAGAGAGGUGUUCGAAACAGCCACGCGGGCCGCGCUAAAGUCGAAGAAGAAACCCAAGUGGAAAAAGAAGUGUGCCAUUUUGUGAACUGUUUGUGUUAUGCUAGCCUCAAACUGUCAACUGCCACGACGAAGUUGACCAACUUUACGGUUACGUUGUAAUUUUCCCAAAUACCGACUUAGAUGGGUGCGCUCAGAUUAACGACUAAUCCGUCGUAGAAGUCGUCUGCGGCGAGAAUCGAGUUGUAAGAGCGUUCAGACUAGCAACUGGACAGUCGUAAAAGUCGUGACAGUAGAAAGUUGGCCAACUUUCUGCUGGCAGUUGAUAGUCUGAGACUAGCAUUACUGUUUUGAUGGUAUUAAAACAAAAAAGCUGGUACUAACAAACGUCUACAACACUCGUGAAUACCAUUUUACAUACGGUUGUAAAAUGAAAAUGGAUAUUUUGUUUGUUUUUAUAAUUAUUGAUAAGACCCAGUGCCCUGGAUACGAUUCUACUUGUUGUUGUUAAAAUGGAACCGGAUAUUUUCUCUGUUUUCAUAACUGUUGAUCAGGCGCAGUACCCGGAAGUACAAUUUUACUUGCGGCUGUGAAAAUGAACUGAAUAUUUUCUCUAUUUUGGUAACUCGAUCAAGCCCCAUUACUUCGCUGUAUUAUAAAAAAAAAUGCAGAUCAGCAAUAUUUAUUAAGCGAAAGGAAAGCGGGUUAUCCACAAUCAGUAUUUUUAUUAGUUGUUGGCUAUACAACUACACUGGCGUAGCCCGGAUUUCAUAUUGAGGGCCACCCACAUUGUGUAGGAGUCGUUUUAUGCAGCGACCGGCAGAUCUAAGCGGUGAUGACAGAAAACGAGAUGCUAUGGGCGAUGCCUCACCCUGGCUACGCCAAUCAUAUGAAUAAUUUGACCAAUGGAUGCAUGGAAAGAAAUACUCAAACUUGAACCGCACUUUGUGUUUAGAGUAAACACACUAAAAUAUUACUAAGUAUACCACGAUUUCCAUAAUAUGUUUUUAUUGGCAUCCAGCAAACACUUAAAAUCUCACAGGCGUCGUGACAGUUGACCAGUACAGGUCAUUUCUGUUUAGUAGUUACUGAAUAACCAAGUAAUUGUUAUUGUCUCCAUGUUAUGUUAUAUCUAAAAACGAAAUUCGUGCUUGUCUGUUCUGUUGUAGAAAUUUCAAGAGCUUGUGACUGAAUAUUUUGACGAUGUUUCGUCAGAAACAGCGCAAACAGGUGUUUUGGAGAUAACCACAUGCAUAUAUGAUUUAUAUGCGAUCUUUUUUAAGUCAUGUGACCAUAUAUAAUGAUUACACGGGUGACUUGAGACAGUGACGGUAUCAUACUGAACACAGAACUCACGUUGCAGUCUUGCCGAUGCGUAGGUAACUCUAAUUAUUGCUCUAAAGACGUUAUUAACUUAUAUUUAGAUUAUUUAUUUUAAUUGAGAAACUACCAACUAUCUUGUAUUUAGAUAUUAACUAUUUUAUAUUUAGACACUUUCAAUUAUCUUAUAUUUAGAGAUGUUAAUUAUUUAAUAUUUAGAUAUUUUUAAUUCCAACCAAAUCUAAUAGGGCCAUUUAAAUAUUCUUUUACGUGUGACAUUCUGGCCAUUACACAUCAAGUGUAUAUACACUGUGCAUAUUGCACAUAUUGUACAAUGUCAUAUUGUACAUACUGUACAUCUUGUACACACUGUUCACAGGUCGUUAUAUUACAAGGUGCCCUUUGUAAGAGGUACUACUUUAUUAUCCUUGUGGUAUGAACGUUGAAACAUCCACUGAUAUUUUGUGCAGUGUCAACAUACAUUGAUGUUUUUUUUAAGACUAUGCAGCAUUAACUGACGUUUUUUAUAGCUACGAAACGAAAGUUUGUUUUAUGUACACUAUGAAACGUGUAGUAACGUUUUGUAUAACCUAUAAAAUGCACGGAGCUUCGGAUCCUGGUUGGUUAUGGGUAUAACUCGUUCCAUCGAGUAACACUAACUAAACACCCACACACUCCACCCAGGACCCGGACGCCCGUGGUAAAAUACACCAUGGUGUUUUGUGUCAUAAUGGUUUGUUGGACACUGACAGUUGUCUACCCUGUUCUUAAAUUCUGUCACCUGUUUAUAAUAUUUUUUAUAAACAUGAUUGUUUAUUGUUUGUGUUUUAUCAAUAAAUAUUAUAUUUAUCACA